AUGGUGAUUGAAGCCUACAGACACGGACAGAGAUAUUUCGGGGAGAAUUAUGUCCAGGAAUUGGUGGAAAAAGCCUCCAACGCCAAUAUUCUGUCAUCCUGUCCGGAUAUUAAAUGGCAUUUCAUUGGACACCUCCAGAAACAUCACAUCAACAAGUUGGUUGCCGUCCCGAACCUUCACAUCCUGGAGACGGUGGACUCGGUGAAGAUCGCUGACAAAGUCAAUGCCUCCUGGCAGAGGAAAGGGUCCGGCGAGAGGCUGAAGGUCAUGGUGCAAGUCAAUACCAGCGAUGAAGAAAGUAAACACGGCCUGUCCCCGUCUGGAACGGUAGAUCUAGUGAAACACAUCAAGGGGAAUUGUCCUGGUUUGGAGUUUGUGGGGCUCAUGACCAUCGGAAGCUUUGGCCACGACCUCACCCGGGGCCCCAAUCCGGACUUCCAGCUGCUGCUGAAACAGCGGGAAGAGGUGUGUGAGAAGCUGGGCCUUCCGGCAGAAGAGGUGGAGCUGAGUAUGGGGAUGUCGUCUGACUUCGAACACGCAGUAAGUGUAGACCGUACCAUGAAUGAUGAGUUUGGGGGGGGGGGCAGCAUCAAGAAUGGGGGGGGUCAUAUAUUCUCAGCAACAGACAAUUCUCUGCGGCCUGUUGCUGUAUAA